UUCUCAACCACUGCGCCACCAGGGAAGCCCUCUGGACACUUCUUUACAGUGGUAAAUUGGUAGGUGAAAUGUCAAAGCUGGUUCUCUAACACCCAGCCACCAAACAAACUCCCCUGCUCCUAACACUUCCCUCUUUCCAAAACUCUCCAUGCUCAGUGAGCGGGGGCGGUUACUGCAGGCAAAGUUCCCAGUCCUGGAGUUUACAUUCCCAGGUGGUCGACUCCCUGUAGCCUCUCCCACUGGGACAAGGAAAGUGGAGCCUUUUGGGAAAUGUGGACUUCAGAGCCCUGCCUUGGUACUGAUGAUUCAGAACAUUCCUGUUCUAAAACAGGUGGGCUGGAAGGAAAACUCCUGAUUGACCUCAGCUCUGGGCCCACCAUCUACCAGCUCCUCUCUGCCUGUGAGUCUUUCAAAGAGAUCAUUGCCAUCAACUACCCAGACAAAAACUGCCAGGAGCUGGAGAAGUGGCUAAAGAAGAUGCCAGGGGCGUUUGACUGGUCGGUGGUGAAAUAUGUGUGUGAACUUGAGGGGAACAGAGACAGGGGGGCCGAGAAGGAGGAGCGCUUAAGGAGAGCCAUCCGCCAGGUGCUCAAGUGUGACAUCCUGAAAGAACGGCCCCUGGAACCUGCGGUCCUGCCCCGGCCCAGGGGCCAUCUGGUGCUGAGCGGGGACUUUGAGGCCAGCUUCUUCAUGGUGGGGGUCAAGAGGUUCUCCGCACUGCCCCUGGACGAGAAAUUCCUGCGGGAGGCCCUGCAGGAGACCUGCUUCAUCACUGAGAAGCUGGAGGAGUUUCCGCAGGCCACUGAGACCCACUUGGAUAACUGCUCUGACUACACAAGGUUCUUCUUCCUGGUGGCCCGGAGAAGGGACUGAGGCAGCGACCUGGAGGAAUGGGCAGCAAGCAGGGCAGGGCUCCAUCAUCACUCUGCCACCUCAUUCGCAUUCCUCUCCAUUUAGUCAGCUUUACUUAGAACCCUUACCAGCAAAUGAUUGCCAGGGGCACCAGGCAUUUCUCUGGCCAAGGAAUGUGACUGCAUCUGUGCGUGGCACUACAAACCUCCCGUGCCAUUCUCUGAGGGAUC